CAAGAAAAGUGAGGUUUUUCCUCCGGCAGAAACUUUCGUGAACUUUCGCCCGGAACAUCAACCGAUCAACCCGAACGAUCGAUCGAUCAGCUUUCUGCAAGCAAAGCCUCGAUGCUGACGGCGUAACAUUCCGGGGGUCCGGGGACUGGUCCGGGGACUCGACCAUCAAAUGCAGCAUCGCGCAACGCGCCACAUAUUAGCACACACUCAAGCUAAUCAACAUGUCUGGGGCAGCGAAUGGAGGAGGCGCAGCGCGGAGCGUCACGCCGAACGGGCAGCAGGACUACGACGUGACGCGGAUGCGCGAGGAGGACUUCGAGCGGCUGGCCGUCUACAUCGUGCCGGACAUGCCGUGCGAGAAGGGGGCCCCGGGCCGCGCCGAGAAGACCCUGCCCCGCAGCCUCACCCUUAAACCGUCGGCCGUCCUCUCCACGCCCACCUCCACGACCGAAGGCGUGUGGAGUACGGGGGUGAUCCCCCGCGGGACCCGCUUCGGGCCGUUCGAGGGCUGCCGGACGCCGAGCCACCCGAGCGACAAGCAGCUCUGGCGGUACUUCUGGCGGGUGCAGGAACUGCGGCACGUCUCCUACGGCAACAUCAAGAUAUUCAAGGACAGCGACUUCUACUACCUGGACGGGUCGGACACGGCCCAGGCGAACUGGAUGCGGUACGUGGCGUCGGCGUACAGCUUCGGGGUGAUGAAUCUGGUCGCGUGCCAGCACCAGGAGCACAUCUACUUCUACACGAUCCGAGACAUCAUGCCGAACGAGGAGCUGAUGGUGUGGUACUGCCGCGACUUCGCCAAGCGCCUCGGCUACGACAUCGACCCGGAGCGGGCCACGUACUCGAUCUGCCGUGAGGAGGUGGUGAAGAAGACGUACGCGAAGCAGCCGGUUCCGGCGGAAGUCGCCUACAAUCACGUCAAGCACGUGAUGGGCCUCUAUCUGCCCGCGAUCCGCAGCACCCCGACUCCGAGCCCUUCGCCGCCACCACCUUCGACGGCGGUUACAGUGGCACCGGUGACGACUCCGGCUCCUGUGGCCGCUCCGACCAGCGUUCUAGUUCCUUCCAAGCAUCACAACCUGGGCCACCUGCACCACCACCACCACCAGCACCACCACUCGACGGUGCUGCGUGAGCCAAGGAGUGGCGCUGGUGAGCCACCACUCACCCGCGACCGAUCUCCGAUCCGAAUCGUGAUCCGCGGCCAGAGUCCUCCGCAGCCGACGCCUCCCGCGGCAACUCCAGCGGUGGCGGCCGACGCCGACUCGCCGAAGGAGACGCUCCCGUACGAACACCAGCUGACGCCGAACGAUGGGUCGGUGCGGUCGGACGAGGGCUACCAUAGCAACGGGUACCACGAGGACGGGUUCACGCCGCCGGAGGACUCGAGCGACAGUGACGAGAGCGAGCACCUCGAUUACGUCCUCGAUUGCUCCCAGAAGGCGAUCGAGCCGAAGGAGACACUGACCGUCCCGCACAAGCCGGUGGCCUGCGACAAGAACGAGUACCGGAAGGUGAAGAUGAAGAUGCCGCUCAAGUACGAGUUCAAGAACAACAAACACUUCAAGGUGGAGAAGGAACUGGAGCAGGAGCGGCAGCGGCAGCGGGAACGGGAGGAACACGCGGGGUCACCUGAGGAGGGCGUGGGGCCAUCGGUGACGCCCGCCACCAGCACGGUGAUCGUCCUGGAGCUCGCCAAACCGACCGAUCAUCCCCCGGCGGGGGGACCCCCGCGCACCAAGACGUACUACGAGGCGGAACCGACUUCGACGUCCCCGCCACCUCCGGUACCCUCUUCCGCUCCCACGCCCACCACCACCACCUUCAUCCGGUACACCCCGCCCAGCUCCAGCAUCCUGGAGACGAUCCUGACGGGUCAGCGGGCGGCCGUGGCAGCGGCAGCCGCCGCCGCUGCCGCCUCCUCCUCCGGAGGUUGUCCUCCGCCGACGGACGACCCGAAUCGGCGGCAACCGAACGCCACCCCGCCGCCCACCUCGCCCACCGAGAUGGCGUACUCGUACAAGAAGUCGCAGCGCUACGGAACGGCCUGUAGCCCCGACUCCAGCUCCCAGAACCCGCAGCCCCCGGACCAGACCCCGGCGGUGGCCGUCUCUGCGGUCAGUGACCUUCCGCGCCGAUCGCAGGUGAUCCGGAGCGCCAAGCGCGAGGAACCGCUCGAGGAUGACGACGGCGAAGAGGACGAAGAGGUGGACGACGCGAUGAGGCACCACGUCCCCCAUCACCUGCUGCACCACCACCACCACCAUCACCCGCACUCGGAGCGGUUGUAUGAACCGCCCCGGUCACCGUCGCCCUCGCACACUCCCCUGUACCCGUCCGACCCUCACCACCAUCAUCAUCAUCCCGCUCAUCACCAUCACUAUCUGGGACCGCCGCCACCUCCGCCGGCAGGAUCGUACGACGGUGGCGGUGGUGCCGCCACCCAGGGCUACAGUAUUUACCCCGCGUCCUCGAGCGUCAUCAACAGCGCUUCCAGCUCCACCUACAGCCCCCCGCUGAACGGGGGCCACUACGAGAGACUGACCGGCGGCACCGCCGCCGCCCCGGCUACGUCGUCGACGACGCCACCGCCCUCGAGCGCCCCGCCACCGUUCGUGCUCCAGUCGAAGGGGCAGCUUCCGCUGGGUCACCCGCUGAUGCAACCGCUGGCCCCGCUCACCACCACGCACCACCAUCAGCUGUCGCCGGGCCGUGGAUCGCCGCCGAGUAGCCUUAGCCCGGACGGCGGCUCGUACUCGUGCCUCAGCCCCGGUGGCGGCAGCCCGGGAAGCCCGAACUCGCGGGGUUACCGCAGCCUACCGUACCCGUUGCGGAAGCGGGACGGCAAGAUGCACUACGAGUGCAACGUGUGCAGCAAAACGUUCGGCCAGCUGUCGAACCUGAAGGUGCACCUGCGGACGCACUCCGGCGAGCGGCCGUUCAAGUGCAACGUCUGCACCAAGUCCUUCACGCAGCUCGCCCACCUCCAGAAGCACCACCUGGUGCACACGGGCGAGAAGCCGCACCAGUGCGACAUCUGCAAGAAGCGCUUCUCGUCCACGUCCAACCUGAAGACGCACCUGCGGCUGCACAGCGGCCAGAAGCCGUACGCCUGCGACCUCUGCCCGCAAAAGUUUACCCAGUUCGUGCACCUCAAGCUCCACAAGCGUCUGCACACCAACGACCGGCCGUACGUGUGCCAGGGAUGCGACAAGAAGUACAUCAGCGCUUCCGGCCUCCGGACCCACUGGAAGACGACGAGCUGCAAGCCGAACAACCUGGAGGAGGAGCUGGCCAUGGCAGCGGCCGCCACCUCCGAGUGUCUCGACAAGGACGGGCAGCCGGAGGGCGACGGCAAGUUCUACGAGAUGCACCACCACCCGGGCCACCCCGGCACCCCGGACCACAAGUCACCGGAAUCUCAGCCACCGCCGGCGACGCCGUCACCGGUGGCGGCCGCCGCCGGCAACAACAACAGCCCGACCAGCACCAACCACAACCUGCCGCCUGUGGGAGGCGGCGGUGGCCACCACCAUCUGCACUACGGCGUGCCGCACCACUACACACAUCACCACCACCAGCAGCACCACUACCAGCAGGGGGUGGCGGCCGGGCCAGGGGCUCCCAACCCGGCGGUGGCGGCGACGGGGACUCAGCCGUCGUCAGCCGGCGGCGCGCCGGAAACGGCACCCCGCCCGAGUGUGAUCGAGUCCAGCCAACCGAUGGUGAUCGAGUGUACGUAGCGCCAGGGCGGAGGAACGCGGGGUAGGUGGUAGAGGACUCCGACGAGGUGUGUGCUGUUAGGGGGGCCACCCGGGGGGUGAAGUCCUUGUAAAUAUAUGUCGGGCGGCUGUGGCGGCCAACAUGUGAUUAAACUCUUGUUCUACGUUCUCUCCGUCUUUUUUCUGUGUUUGUUUCGUGUGAUGAAGAAAGAGAGAGGCAGAUUGGGAGAAGGACCCUCUGUAGGAUGUAGAUAAAUCGAAACGCAUCAAAGAUCAAAAUUCGAAGUCUGAUAGAAUAGGAAUUUACUAGGUUUUUUGUGGAGGGGCGGUGGUAGGCCGCUGCCACCGCCGCCGCACACACACACACACAGAGACUGCGGCUCCACUACCUGUGUGUGGGGUCUCAAUUGGCGGUAGGUCCUGCCCGACCUCCACCACACUGUUCCGUUCUUUUUCGGUGUAAAAACUCAUUAAACUCUUCGAAAUAGGUCUCUAAAGAGAGAGUGAGCGAGGGGAGAGAGAGAAGGAAGGAAGGAAAUAAAAUAAAACAUUAUCUAAAACACUCACUCACACACACACGUACACCUCAUAACUGUCAUCCUCACACUCACACACCCUGACACGACCCCCCACUUGUUGGGGUGGUCAUUUGCAAAAACACACUCAAAACUAGCUGAAGAUCGGUGCUUUUUCCGGUGCCCUCCACCGCCCUGAGUGGGUGGCUCCUGGGGGCCAGGAGGUGGCCAUACCACCCACCCACCCAGCGACCCCCGAUCAGACCAGCGAGGGAGGGACCAAUGGAAACUAAUUAACUAAUAAACAAAAAAAAAACCCUGAGACUAAGAAUUAAUAAAGUAAUAAAUUAAAAAGAAGAAGAAAGAGGAGAAGAAGCAGUAAAACAUGAAAACGAAACAAAAAAACAGAGAAGAAGAUGAUAAAAAGGACACAACAGGUCCGGUGAUCUUAGUAGUUGGUGGCGAUGAUGAUGAUGCUGAUGGGUGCUAAAAUGCGGAGCGAACACACUCACACAUAUUUAUAUCUCGAAGCGAGCUGAAUAGUUGAUAAAAACUCCUAAAAACUCUCCAAAAGUCGGGGUGGCGAUCCCUAGGCUACUGCGCGCAGGAGAAAGGCAUACGGAGCAAGUGAGAUGAGAGAGAUGAGACAGAGCAGGAUGGCAAUGAACCGGGUGGUUUGACAGCGCACAGGAAGUGUCACCCUGUGGUGGGAUUGUAAAUGUUGGGCCACCCGUGUUUCGGGGGCCUUCCGGUCAGCGCCAGCGCGAGGCUGUAGUAGUGUAGUAGUGGUUGUGUAGUAGCUUCCGGCCGGAAGUGGUGGCCGCCCGCCCGCCCAUCCCUCUAACUUUGUUUUGUUUGUGUUUUUUUGGUUGAAUUUUGCUCGUGUUUAGUCGAUAAGAGAGCUAGAGUAGGGCAGCAGGGGUGCAGGGGUGUCUGCACACACACACACACACAGGGGCGGCCUGAAGCGGGCUCUAGGAUGGGGCGCACAAGGGACAACCCCCGCCAGCCGGCCGGCCGUUGGUGUCGUGGUGGAAAUGGGCGCCAAACUGACUGAUUAAUUGAGUUUAGAGUGUUAAUUUUAUCCUGUUUUUAAGUUCCGCCGAGCGCGCGCUGUGCAUUUUAACGAUCCGUUCUGCGUUUGGCUGUUUGGCACUCUCUCCGUGUGUAAGUGCACUAAGUGUAAUGUUGUCGCGGCCGCGGCCGCGGCCAAUUGAGCCGCUCGCUCUGGAUCCGGGCGUCCAAUCUCUCUCCAGUGCAGGUUUUACGUCAUGACUAUCACCACCACCUCGAGCGAGACACACACACAGCUGUGCGACGGGAAGGCAAGCAUGAUGCACCGCAAACGUGGAAUAUUAGCGCAAUAGUAACACUAGAGAGUAACUGAUAAACUUAUUACAGAAGCAAGCAAGCAGCAAGAAAUAAAAAAAAGAAACCAAUUAGCUUAACAGUAGUAGUUCGUAGGGGUAGGCCAACGGGGAGCCGGCCAAGCGCAAGCGGGAGAGAGGUGAAAAAACUGAAAAUGCGAAAAAGAAAACACACACACACACUUUACCUAGAUCGGAUAUGGACGGCGACGAACACAGACGGACAGACGGACAGACAGACAGACAAACAGACGCACGGCUACCUAACUGAUAAUAAUUUAAAAAGCAAGAGAUAAGAGGAGGUGUACGCAGUAAGUUACGACUACAGUAAGUUACGACUAUUGUACCGUUUAAGUGAGCGAACUAGAGCGCCGUGUGUAUGUGCGGGGGCGCGAGCCUGCUCGGCUUGGGCGCCGGGUGUGAACGGGAAAAAGCCACGAAUGGAAACUCUUUAUAAAAAUACAGAAAAUCUUUACUGAAAAC